AAGGAGCUGCCAAAAAAACAGAGAGAGAAGAAAAAAAUACUAAUUAAUUUUUUUUUUGCAACCUAACGUGAUUUAUUUAUAUCGAUAUAAUUACCAAGAAAAUAAAAAAAAAGAUGAAAUUUUUAAUGAAGAAAAUGGAGAUAAUUUUUUCAAUUAUAAUAGAGAAAAAGGAGGAGAGAAUUAUUUUAGAAAAACGAAAGAGAAGAAAAAAGAGGGGGGAUUUUUUGUGUUUUUUUUUUUUUCUUCUUCUUCUUCUUCCUCUUAUUUUGUGUGAAAUUUGAACAACAAAAGUGGCCAGCAAAACGCAAAUUGUUUGCCAGGAAGGUGGUGAUACAAGGAGGAGAACAGGAGGUUUUGUUUCAUUUUUGAAGGGAAAAAAUUCAUUAAACAUGGAUCGAAAUAGCGAAGGAGGAACGCGUAAUGCAUCCUCAAGAAAUCGAAAACAACGUCGCAAGAAGCCAAGAAAUUCUUCGGGCGACGUUAAGGUGAAGACAAUGACGAGUUCGACGGAAAUUUUGAAAGAUGUGCAAAAAAUUGGACAAUAUCCACCGAUUCCAAUGCCAAGUUCAGCUCCUGCAAUUUCAAAUCAAAAUCAUCAAUCCGCGGCACCUUUGCGUCCCAGGUCUCUUUACACCGCUCACAGUUAUCACGACGAGUCUCAUUUUCAGAGAUACAGUGAAUUUUCAAAAUAUUUCGAGACCCCACCCUCGGAUCAAUGGGGAGGAACUGUAAACAACAAUAAUAGCAACAACAAUAAUAACAAUAAUAAUAACAACAACAACAGUAACAAUAGCAAUAGUGGAUAUUUGUCAACGAGUACAACAAAUUGGCGUCAACCGAGAAAUCAAAAAUCAUUUUCACCAUCUUAUUAUCCAAUUGAGGAGACUUGCAUUUAUACGGAAAAUUGGCGAGAUCAUGAUAUUGAACCAAUUCCUGGUGGCGCCAUUGCCACCCCUCAUGGAACAAUUUCCCUUCGAUUACAUAAUCGAAUACGCGUUGAUAUGACAAUUGAUCGCGCCGUACGCGUCAUUAAUUUCAAGAAUAAUAUUGUCCUGGCUCUGAGUGGAUCAGGUGCAGCGGCAGCUCUUUUACAUCCAAACGGAAGAAUUUAUCAAUAUGGAUCUCGUGUUGAAAUUUUAGCCCACGAUACUCAUGGAAAUAACAAGUACGCAAAAAUGUGGUACAAAGGCGUCAGCUUCACUUCCGAACAAUGUGCUCUUGUUUAUCUUGUCGACGCCGCCGGAACAAGAACCACGACUGAUUCCUUUUCCGAUAUGAGUCAAGAUAUUUCGUUGAGUGUUUUUUAUUCGGAAUCACGACACGGUCCAGGAUGUAUGCAAGAAGCUGCAGCUGCUCUUUCGUCGGCCCAAUAUUGGCUGACCGACGAGGGCGUUGAAAAUUGGAUCAUCAACAAUGUCCGAAUUUCACAAACACCCGAUGGCCUUGUUAGAAUUGCAAGAAAUAGCAAUAAAUAUCAAUUGCGAACAUCGCCAAGUAAUGGAACAGCAUCGUUGACAACUCCAUUUUUACAUUGUACAGCUUCCCUUGGACAAACUUCACAUCUUUUUGUACGUCGUGGCGAAAGACGAAUGCAUUAUGAUGGCACCAGUUUUAUUGUGAGAAACGCUGGUCACAGCGCUGGAUUCGAUGAUAAUAAUCAAUUAAAAGUUUAUUAAAAAAAGAAAAACAAAAAAAAAAAGAGAGAAAAUAGGAAUUUCCAAGAAGAUUUUAUGAAAUGAAAAAAUUUCAUUUCCAUUUUUUUGAAAAAAAAGGGCCCAAAAUAAUGACAAUGAUUAUAAAUUUAAUUUAACAAAGGGGAGCGAAAAAAAAAGUUGUCAUUGAACUAUUUUUUUUUCUUUUUUUUUAACCUUACCAUGAGCAAAGAAUUAUGUGCAAACAGGUUUUUUUCAUUUAUCGUAGGAAGCAUUCAAUAAUAAUUUCAAGAAAAAUUUCUUUUUUUAGGUGAGAAAAAAGUAAUUUUUUUUUUUGUUUUUAUUAGACGUUAGAUUUUAAUGCUUUUCUCUCUUUUUUUUCUGGUAAAAAGAGGAACAAAAAUUUUCUUCUUUUUUUUUUGCACUAAAAAGAGAAAUAUUUUCUUUGGGACAAAAGAGAGAAAAUAUUUUUUGUUGAAGGCGCAGAAAAAAAGAAAAAUAUUUUCAUGUUUUUAGAAAAAAAAAGAAAAGAAGGGGAAAUUUUUUCUGUAACAAAAAUUAGAAAAAAAAUUUCUAUUUUAACAAAAAAGAAAAUGGAAGAAAAAAGGAAUUUUUUUUUGUUUUUUAGGAGAAAAUAAUUUGUUUUUCUUUUUGGGACAAAAAGAGAGAAAAAAAAAUGGGAUAAAAAGGAGGAAAAAAAAAUUUGUUUCUUUUUUUUGGAAAAAA